AUGGUACUCCUUGCGGUCUGGCACAAUAAAUACAAAAUUCCAAGCCAGGUUCCCAAAGCCUCCACUGUGGUUGUCAUCGAUGAUGACUUCCUGGCUGAAGUUAGAAAAAUCAAAAGCCCUACCACCCAAGCCAGCAUCAAGCACCAUGGAUCCAAUGGACGAUACUAUGGCUAUGGCUACAGAGAAAUUCCCAAAGGCCAGAGCAAUGUCAGCGAGCACGAGAAUUUUAGUUCAGUCGGUCCCUACUCUGUCCGAAAAAACGACCAGGCGUCGAUUGAUCAGAAUAUGGAGCAUGAAAAAGUACUGGCCAGUGCCUUGAAGGAUGCGACAGAGACGAUCGGACAUCUAUUCAGUCGAACCAAAGGGCGCUGUGUCGUCAAGUCUGGCUGCAUCAUCAACGAUACUUUGAUCUGGGCAGCCCACAAGUGCAACUCCAAGUUGGAGAAUGAUUUGAGCUUCGUCGGCAGCUCAUCUUUCCCAACCGUUUUGUUUUGCGUUUCUGCAGAAACCGAGCACUUCCAUGCUGAAUCCGACGUUAGUUAUACGUUGAUUUAUGUGCCUGGGCAAGGCUGGUUCAAGGAAGGAGAAGGUGGCCGCUUGGAGAUGCUGUUUGCCUUGGACGAAGAUGGUGGUCUUGUGGAUGCUGUACAGCUGGAUAUUGGUACAUCUCUCUACUUCAGUGGAUUCUUCCUUUUGCAUCGCCAGAACCUAAAGGUAAGAGAUGAGGUCUUCUUCAAUGUUGCUGCCUAUGGAAGCAAACCUCUCUAUGAUAAAGCCAAGAAUACUAUUUGGAGGAAUAUUGUUGACGUUGCCUUGGAUGCUUGGAUCAAGUCUCCCAGUAAAUAA